CUCUCACCUAUUCUCAGUGUUCACUGAUAUCUAACUCCUCAUCUCCUCUUUCCUGCUGUAUAGCCCUCGCAUUUAUACCAUGCCGCUCUCGAGUGAAGCUGGACCGUCCAAUGCCACUGUUCAAUCCAGUCAGAGUCCUGCCAAAAUAAGGAAAGGACAUUUGUCGACCAGUCGACUCAUCCGGGAACGGAACGUGGAUUUUAACGUGCUGGGUGCCGCCGCUUUUGCCGAAGACUACCUCACUGCUUUACCGAAGGGCUUCCGAGGUCGUCACCGGGACUUGAUGGCUUUGUUCAACGAGGAAAGGAGAAAAAUGUCUGGAGGCCGGCUCAAUGAAUUGCAGCAAUAUAAGUGUAUUGUUGACAUGCUGAACCAUGUCAGUGUUGCAGUCUACACGGAAAUUCUCGAUACCCAUCCGGCAGCCCUUCGGCUUCAAUUCAUUGAUACUCAUGCUGCUCAUUUAAUUCGUCACCCAAAAGGAUAUAAGGACAAACCAGAUAUAUGUGCCGUCGAGUCUCACCAUGUCACAUCGUUAGAGAAGACUGACGCUGGAAACUAUCAUCGCGUGCCAUGGCACAAGACCCGUUCUGUUGGCGAAGUAAAACCCUCUACGAAUGACUCGAAGAAAGGUCGCCAAAUCAUGUCCUAUGCUGCAUCACACAACCUGGCUCGCCCCGACAGACCUGGGUGUCUUGUUGUUAGUGUGUCUCCACGCGGUUAUCAGAUCGCUUGGAGCGACCCUUCCGGUGGGCAUAUAUCAGAGACAAUUGGAUGGGAUGACAAGAAAGGCGAAUUUCUCCUCAGCUUCGUUUAUUCUCUUUACAUUCCGCCUGCAUCAUGCGCCGUUGCGGACUCGACUAUUACACUGGUUGACCCGACCACCUCUCUCACUCCUCUAUGGAAUAUUAACUUCAAGGGAAAGUUAUACAAGGAAUGCAGUAUUUCUUUUGUCGGAGAGGCGCACAGUCGGCAGACGAUGAUAUUCAGGCAUGAGGCUGACGGGUGUGUCCGGAUAAUCAAGGACCAAUAUCCCCACAAAAGACGCAGGUUCAAAGAGCCAGACCUGUAUGAAAAACUGGACGGGACGGCAGGAUGGGUGACUGUCAUUGAGUCGGGUGACGUUGGCGUGGUCGUGGGGAGUGGGGAAUCCGCUAGAGAGAAGAAGAGGCUGAUAAUGAGUUCAGGUGGAGACGCUUUGAACAAAGUGAAGAGUGUCAAAACGUUCUUGAUGUCCAUGUAUGAUAUUUUGGAAGCCCACCGGUACGCCGUCAUGAAGAAACAAGUGAUGCACCGAGAUAUGAGCCAUCGGAACAUCCUCAUGAACCCGUUCGGCAUCCCUGAUACAAAUCCGGAAGGGCCUAUAUUUGUCAACGCUAUCUUGAAUUCCCAGAACAAAGGAGCCCAGCCAACAGCGUUGAUAUGCGAUUUAGACAACGGUUGCGUAUACAGAGGGGCGGAGAGUUCUGAGGAAAUAAAAGAGCAACUUAAAAGCCGCACAGGGACGCCAAUGUUUAUCGCACGUGCGGUGGAGGCGGGGCAGUUGCAAGCUAAUAUCAACUUCUCUCAAAUGCCACAGAUCAGUGAUGUUACAGUCGCCGAGCGGUAUUCAAACAGUCAUCAAGGAGAGGCUAUGCGCACCUUCCGUGAUGAAGGAGAAUCAUGUCACGGAAGUCGUGUGAAUAUGUCGAAAUGGAUGGGUCGCAAUGACGAGAACCAGCGUAAAGCCUGGUUCCAUCACCAGCCACGGCAUGACGUUGAGUCGGUAGGAUGGUGCAUUAUUGCCUUCUUCCUACGCGCCCAACCGAAGGAACUUGAAGGUGUCGAAGAUUCGCUAAAAGAACUCCACAAUGCAUGGGAAAUUCUAUCUGGGCCAGUACGAUUGGGUUUGUUAACUUGGCCCCAGCAGCAGUGGGAACGUGCUCUUCACCCUAGACUGAAAUUUUUGGGCGAUUUCCUUCUGAAGCUUGGCGCACAGAUGGAGCCUGAGUACGGUUUUCUCGAUCCUCCUCCUGCAGAGGACCACCUACAUGAGGCUUUCCAGAGGUUGCUGCUCAAUCAGAUUCACGAUAUGAAGGAAGAUGUUGAACUCAAUAUAGAAAAGUUACGUGCCCUGCCUGAGUUGAAGCAUUACGAGACUCGGGAUACAACCACGCCGUUUGGGGCUUCUAUUGGCCAAGUGCAUAGCCCUCCAGCAAACACCCCAAAGAAGCGUAACAAGAGAGCGGCGUCAAAUCAGGAUGAGGAUGAUACCAGUAUGUCCUUGACUAUUUGCAGACAGGAAUUUGUAUUAAAGAUACUUUUCAGAGGACACAAAGCGAACCAAGAAAGCCGAGGAGCCGUCAAAACGGAGACGAGGGAGACGAGGCCGGGGAAAAGAUAGAGCACGUCGCUAGUGAAGACUAGCCGCUCCGGGUGGAUGGGACUUAGCCGGGUUGCACUUUGCAUGAACCUGAUCUGGUAUGAACACCCAUUACCCGGCGAACUCUCAGAGUACAAGGCCGGUUCUGAUUCCCUAGUUUUCAUGUAAGUCUCGAAUUCUCCACUGUGACUAUCAACCCAGCUCCCGUGAAAGAUAGGGCUUGUUUUUACGGUUGUGACUCGGGAUUCACUACUUGCUCUUUGAUUCAAGAUGAUGUUUGUAGACCUGUCACUUGAGAGCCAUGCAAGCAAAAGAGGAACGUCGCAGAACAACAGCUUUGCAUUAUUUGUGAUAAAGUAAAGGAGGCUACUGCAUGGGACGAUAGACGAAGCGGAAAAUAGAGGG